UCGCACCUACCGUCUGACUCUGACCUGUGACCGUAUCUCGGUAUCUCCCCAUCCGCUCUCCUCGUCGACUUCCUCGGCUCCGGCAACCGGCGACCGGCGGCGGGCGUCUCAGGGGCACAGCACAGCAAAUUAAGUGGGUGAAAACAGGUGCAAAAGAACAGCAGAGCGUGUGCUGCUUUCAAUGGCUACUUCAAAGAUUCAAGCUUUUUUGAACCAUCCUGCUGGCCCCAAAACCAUUCACUUUUGGGCUCCAACUUUUAAAUGGGGUAUCAGCAUUGCCAACAUUGCUGACUUUGCCAAGCCACCUGAAAAGAUCUCGUACCCUCAACAAGUUGCUGUUACUGCCACUGGAGUCAUCUGGUCACGCUACAGCAUGGUCAUUACACCUAGAAACUUGAACCUUUUCGCUGUUAACGUUGCAAUGGCCGGUACAGGCUUGUAUCAGCUUUCCCGUAAAAUAAGAAAAGACUACUUUUCAGAUGAGAAGGAGGCUGUUCCAUCACUGGAAGGAUAGUGACGACUGGAUUAAUCGAUUUAAAACCCUGCUGCAUUGGAGUUGGCCUCAGAUUCAGUCUGUGCGGCAGAGAUAUGUCGUUUUAUCAGAGACAGGAACAAAUUGUUUCUUUCCAUGUCAGACUUUCUUUGUUUUGCCCAAUUGCAACCAUGAGCAGCGCAAUGUGAAUUUCUUACACAAACAUGCAAAUAAUCCUUUAUGCAUUGCUGUGCAAAUACAUCAACCGAUCCCUUCUG